UGAGGUUAUAUAUUUUGACAUCUUUUUGAAUUUAAAAGCAUAGUUUUCACGUUAAAGUGUUUUUCAGGAAAUUAAACAUUAUAUAAAUAUGGAAAUGGAUAUAGACUUGGAUGAUAUAGAUUUUGGAGAUAAAGUGAAAGACUUCCUUGCGCAUAAACUUAAUGAAAUUAAAAUUAAAAAUGCCUCCAUAGAGAAGAAAAUCAAUGAGAGAAAAACACAUAUAACACAAAUGUUGGAGUUAGAUAACACAUUGAAAACUAAAAAUGAUGUAAUUACCUUUAGAUGGAAGAAAUGUUUUAAUAGUACCUACGUUAUCUGCUAUAGCAUACAUCAGGAUUUCGCCAAAGUUUUUCAAAGUUCUAAACCUAUUCUAAAAUGGACUUCGUCUAAACAAUUAAUCUACAAGAUUCGGUACUAUCCAAAUCAAACCACCUGUCAAGAAAAUAGAAACUGUAAUAGAUUAAUAUUUGAUAAAUGUUCGGAGUCUUAUCUAGUUGUUAUGCUGGAUACACCAAAUUUUUUGGAAAGUCUUGAAUGUACCAUUACUGGAAAACUUUUAACUUAUGAUGAAAACAAAGGAGUUCUUGUUGAUUUUCCGAAUGUAAAAUUAUUAGCCGAAGAUCUUAGUAACCGUGAUACGAGUUGUAUUACAUUGUUAGAGAAUCAAAUAGAAGAUCUUAUAACAAUGUUGUCAGUAAACAAGAAAACAGACGUAGUUAUAAUUUUUCCAGAAGGAUGGAAUAUAUCUAUGGACGAUACUUUCGAAAUUCACUGUGCUUUGACAAAACUAACUUUAUCUUGUAGCUGUAAAAAAUUUUUCCUGGUAAAUCGGAUCUCUAAUAUUUUUGAUAACUCAAUAUUAGAGUUAGAUGUGUCUGAUACGAAGUCUAACGCAUUAGUUCAUGCGAGUAUAUACUGCAGCUCACAGAUUGCUUUCCUCCCGUUUCUACAUCACAUCCAUCAGCACACUGUAUUUUUUAAAAGUGGAGUCAAGAUCAUACCCAGGCAAUUAUAUGAACAAUACCGAAUUAAGUACUGUACAGAUCAGUCUGAGUCAGAUUUGGUGCAGAAGUUUCAGAAUGCUGUUAACGAUGAAUUGGGAUCAAUAGAAUCAUUCAGUCAGUCCUCAAAUAACUCGAAUCUGUUUACAAAUAGAACAAGUUUAUCGUAUUUAGAAAAAGAAACUGAUUUGUUAUACUUAAAGCUAUGUGAAAGAAUUAAUAUAAAAAACUGAUGAUUUGUUGACAA